CCCGGCGCGAGGCCGUCACGUGACCCGGCGGCGGCCGGCGCGGCGGACGCUGCAGGCCCAAGAUGGCGGCGGAGCUGGUGGAGGCGAAGAACAUGGUGAUGAGUUUCCGAGUCUCAGAUCUUCAGAUGUUGCUGGGUUUUGUUGGCAGGAGUAAAAGCGGACUAAAACACGAGCUAGUGACCCGAGCUUUGCAGCUGGUCCAGUUCGACUGCAGCCCCGAGGUGUUCAAGAAGAUCAAGGAGCUCUACGAGACUCGCUACAACAAGAAGGGCUCGGAGGUGGCGCCGCCGCCGGCGCCGCACCGCGCCGAGGCGCUGGCCCUGCACUCGUCCUACGAGCGCGGCGGCGCCGUGCCCCGGCCCCUGCCCGCCGCCAGCAUCGACUACCCUGCCCUCUAUGGCAAAUACCUGAACGGACUGGGCAGGUUGCCCCCCAAAGUGGCCAAGCCCGAGGUUCGCUUGGUCAAGUUGCCCUUUUACACCACGCUGGACGAGCUGCUGAAGCCCACAGAGUUAGUUCCACAGAAUAAUGAGAAGCUUCAGGAAAGUCCGUGCAUUUUUGCAUUAACACCGAGACAAGUGGAGCUGAUCAGAAAUUCCAGGGAGUUGCAACCUGGUGUGAAAUCGGUUCAGGUGGUGCUCAGAAUCUGCUACACAGACACCAGUUCCCCUCAGGAGGAUCAGUACCCUCCCAACAUCGCCGUCAAGGUGAACCACAGCUACUGCUCCGUGCCGGGCUACUACCCCUCCAACAAACCCGGGGUGGAACCCAAGAGGCCCUGCAGGCCCAUCAACCUCACCCACCUCAUGUACCUGUCAAGCUACUCGGUGGGGCUGUACCUGGUGCGGCAGAUGACCUCGGCAGAGCUGCUGCAGAGGUUGAAAACCAUCGGCAUCAAGCACCCGGAGCUCUGCAAAGCGCUGGUGAAAGAGAAGCUACGCCUGGACCCAGACAGUGAAAUCGCCACCACCGGGGUCCGAGUGUCCCUCAUCUGUCCGCUGGUGAAGAUGCGCCUGUCGGUGCCGUGCCGGGCCGAGACCUGUGCACACCUGCAGUGCUUUGAUGCCGUCUUCUACCUACAGAUGAAUGAGAAAAAGCCCACAUGGAUGUGCCCUGUGUGUGACAAACCUGCCCCCUACGACCAGCUCAUCAUUGAUGGGCUCCUGUCCAAGAUCCUGACAGAAUGUGAAGAUGCAGAUGAGAUCGAGUACCUGGUGGAUGGCUCCUGGUGCCCCAUCCGAGCCGAGAAGGAGCGGAGCUGCAGCCCUCAGUGUCCAAUCCUGGUUCUAGGUUCCUCGGAGGUGAACGGGCUCCUGGCCACUCCCAACGGCACCGGCGAGAACGGCAAAGCCCCGGCAGAUGUUGUGGAUUUAACACUGGACAGCUCCUCCUCGGAGGAGGACGAGGAGGAGGACGAGGAGGAGGAUGAUGACGAUGAGGGACCCCAGCCCAAACGACGCUGCUCUUACGAGAAAGGUUUAGUCUCUGCCUGCUGACUGCAGCCACGGCUCGGAAUUCCCAACGGACAGACUUGAAUACUCUGGUGCUUAUUAAACUGGAGGAGGGGGAGAACGUCCUCUCCCGCCUCAU